GUUGGAAAGUGUCGGACGCGGUUCUCCCUUGGCUUGUGAGAACUCCAUCUUCCAAGCCUGGGCUGCGGGGAGUUUGCUCUUUGGGUUCCCGGGACUUAGGGACUGGAGAGGAGCGAGUAGGGCAUUGUGUCCACACUGGGGUCCUGUCCCUAACCUUGACCCGUCCGGUCUCUGUCUCAGGGGUCAGGAGCUAGUCUGAGGAAUCCAGAUCCAAAUUUCUGUCUACGACCGUGCUUUCUCCUAGAACUAAUGAAGUCUUCCGUUUACCUAUCAAGCCCUUAUGGCUUGAAAGCCAGGACCAGAUAUGACCAUUUUAAUGGGUUUCACUCCUAUUCCGACUUAGGUUUGGCUUAUGAUAGAGAGAAGAAACGACUCUGUCUGGAAUAAUCUAGUCCUGUUAUUAAUAUGAGAUGUGUACUUUCUCAUUUCUAAAAUUGUGUUUUACGUUGGGCUUGACGUCACUUUUUCGUGGCCGUUUAUUUGCGUUUUUAAAAUCUGACGUAGUUACUAUUAGUAAUUUUGUUGGUAAAGUGAUAACUGACUUGUAGUCGGUAUCUUUAAGUGAAUGACUUUGAGUGGUUUUCUUUAGUAUAGAUGACGUCUUUGCCACCUCUCUUGGCUAAUAAUAAUUCCCGACAUACCGGUAAGGUUGACUGCAAAAAGUGCCCCUCAGAAGAGCAGAGAACGAAUUGGGUCAGUGUAACGGGCAGCCUCUAGAGACUCUGAGUUGGAAUGAUAAUGACAGAAUCCAAGAAAGUUACACACUUAGAGCCUCCAGCUGAGACUUCUUCGCAAGAGCAAGCUGAUCUUCUCAUAGUGAAAGUGGAAGAAGAGGACUGCACCUGGAUGCAGGCAUACAACCGGCCAGUGUUUGAGACUUUUUACCAGCGCUUCAAGCACUUCCAGUACCAUGAGGCAACAGGACCUCGGGAUGCUCUCAGCCAGCUCCGGGUACUCUGCUGUGAGUGGCUGAGGCCGGAACUGCACACCAAGGAACAGAUCCUGGAGCUGCUAGUGCUGGAGCAGUUCCUCACCAUCCUGCCUGAAGAGUUCCAGGCCUGGGUGAGAGAACAUCACCCCGAGAGCGGAGAAGAAGCCGUGGCUGUGAUCGAGAGUAUCCAGAAAGAGCUAGAGGAGCGCCGGCAACAGAUUGUCACAUGUCCUGAAGUGCUUUCUCAGAAGAUGGUACCACCCGGAGCCACGCAGGAGCCCUUCAGUCACCGGUUUCUGCCUGUAGAGGGCCAGUCUGAUCAAGAGUCACAGAAUCUUCUGGAGGAAAACGCCCGUCCUGUUCUCCAGGUUCCUUCUGUUCCCCCGAAGGACAGCCAGGAGCUGACAGCCUCGCUUCUCUCAGCUGGGUCCCAGAAGUUGGUGAAAAUCGAAGAUGUGGCUGAUGUGGCUGUGUCCUUCAUCCUGGAGGAAUGGGGACAUUUGGACCAGUCCCAGAAGUCUCUUAGUAGGGAUGACAGAAAGGAGAAUUGUGAGCAUAUCACUCCUGUGGAUUCUGAGUCCAGGGAGGGCAGCGUAGAGCUUGUGGCACGGCAGAUCUCUGGUGGCGCUGACUCACACAGGGUGGCAGCAGGAAGCACAGAGAGCAAUGGCGCUCAGAGUCAAGAGCUUGCAGAAGUUAGCGACCUAAAGAACAUGGUGCAGAGGUGGCAGGUGAACCCCACUGUGGGGAAGUCAAGGCAGAAAAGAGCUCUGAACUCAGGCCCAGAUGGCAGCCGUAAGCAGAAAUCCAACGGUGAGCGAGGUCACAGAUGCGCUGACUGUGGGAAGUUUUUCCUCCAAGCCUCAAACUUCAUUCAGCAUCGCAGAAUCCACACAGGAGAGAAACCAUUUAAGUGCGGGGAAUGUGGGAAAAGCUACAAUCAGCGGGUGCACCUCACUCAGCACCAGCGAGUCCACACUGGCGAGAAGCCCUACAAGUGCCAGGUGUGCGGGAAAGCCUUCCGCGUGAGCUCCCACCUGGUGCAGCACCACAGCGUUCACAGUGGGGAGAGGCCCUAUGGCUGUAACGAGUGCGGGAAGAGCUUCGGCCGCCACUCGCACCUGAUCGAGCACCUGAAACGCCACUUCAGAGAGAAAUCCCAAAGAUGUAGUGACAAAAGAAGUAAGAACACUGAAGUGAACGUUAAGAAACUUCCAGAAUUUUCAGAAGGAGACGUGGAACUAUCAGAAGAAAUCCAAAGUAAUGCUUCUCAGGUUGAAGGUUAUAAUGAAGGCUAUGAACACCAAGAUAGAGCAGGUAGACAGCAGGGAAUUGUGAAAGAGAUCCCGGGACAGCCUCCUUCAAAGAGGAUGAAUUGCAGUGAAUUCAGCUCCGUCCACAAAAAGUCUUCUCCGGGAGAGCGGCCGCAUAAGUGUGACGAAUGUGGAAAAAGCUUCAUUCAGAGUGCACACCUUAUUCAGCAUCGCCGCAUCCAUACUGGGGAGAAACCAUUUCGGUGUGAGGAAUGUGGGAAAAGCUACAAUCAGCGUGUCCACCUCACUCAGCAUCACCGAGUUCACACUGGUGAAAAGCCCUACACCUGUCAUUUAUGUGGGAAAGCCUUCCGAGUGAGGUCCCAUCUCGUCCAGCACCAGAGUGUGCACAGCAGGGAGAGGCCCUUCAAAUGUAAUGAGUGUGGGAAGGGAUUUGGGAGGCGUUCACAUCUGGCCGGCCACCUCCGACUCCACUCUAGAGAGAAGUCCCACCAGUGCCAUGAGUGUGGAGAAAUCUUCUUCCAGUAUGUCAGCCUCCUUGAACACCAAGUGCUCCACAUGGGCCAGAAAGGUGAGAAGAAUGGCGUCUGUGAAGAAGCCUACAGCUGGAACUUGACCGUGAUAGAAGACAAGAAGCUGGAGUUAGAGGAGCAGCCGUACCAGUGUGAUACCUGCGGGAAAGCCUUUAGUUACAGUUCCGACCUUAUUCAGCACUACAGAACUCACAAUGCUGAGAAACCCCAGAAAUGUGACGCAUGCAGAGACAGUGCCUGCCAGUGUUCCCACACAAAGCAACAUCCGAAAAUCUGCCCCGGCGGGAAGUCCCACCAGUGCAAUGAGUGUGGGCGGGGCUUCAGUCUGAAGUCUCAUCUCAGUCAACACCAGAGAAUGCACACUGGGGAGAAGCCCUUCCAGUGCAAAGAAUGUGGAAUGAGUUUCAGUUGGAGCUGUAGCCUCUUUAAACAUCUGCGAAGCCAUGAGAGGACAGAUUCCCAAACACCUGAAGCAUGAAGGAGCCUGUUUCUGUUGGGAAACAGCCUGGUUUUAGAGCAUUCCAUGGCUGACAUAAUGUAAUGACAAGAAUUUUUCCAUCUUAACCAUCAAACCUACAGGCAAGGGGGAACCCUGCAGGUAGAACUUAGCUUUCAGGGACACUGUCGCCUCCAUGGAGUGUUCUGGUUAGCAUCUUCAUGCUUGGAAAUCUAGAUGAAAAGAGACCCUCUGGCUAGGUAUGGUGGUGCUCGCCUGUAAGCCUUGGGAGGCAGAGGCAGGCAAAUAUUUGGUUUAUAUAGCAAGUUCCACACCAGCCAGAGCUAUACAGUGAGACCCCUGAGUGAGAGAGACAGACAGACAGACAGACACCUCUGGGUACUGUAGAUGAAGGGAAGUCUUGACAUUGUCUCUUUGAAGCUCAGAAAAUAACAAAGAAGCCUCAUGAAUGCAGUAGGAAUUAGCCUGUAGUUGCCACCACAACAGCACAGCUGUUCAGAGAAUCAUGCAUUGACAGGAACUGUGGCAUGAUGCCCAUCUUCCAGAAACGGCUAUCCCAACCACCCCAGUCAUUGUUCCCAU